AUGGAUCGUGGUUUGUAUAAUCUUGCCGUUUUUCUCGAUUUAAAAAAAGCAUUUGACACGGUAAACCACGACAUUUUACUGGCUAAACUAGGGUUAUAUGGUAUUAAGAACACGCCUCUUAUGCUUCUCAAAUCGUACUUAUCAGAUCGAUCUCAGAAAUGUCAAGUAAAUGGGGAACUUUCCACACUAAAAUAUCUAAAAUAUGGCGUUCCUCAGGGUUCAAUUUUAGGUCCACUUCUGUUUUUAAUUUAUAUCAAUGAUUUGCCGAAUUGUUUACAACACUCUACAGCACGCAUGUUCGCCGACGAUACUAACAUCACAGUGUCCGGUAAAUCAGUUAAGGAAGCGGAG